GCGCGAAGGACCAUACUGCGCUUACUGGAUUUGCGGGUGGGUGUAAAUAGAUUCAGUGAUUUGCGUGGUGCGACAUAGCCUGUCCCCUCCCGCUGAAAUUGGUUUCUAUUUCGUUGGAAUCCCACUGCCUACUCCACACCUCUAGUAUAAAGACUCAAAGCUAACCGCUCACCGUGUGUAAACGACCGCUUGUGCAAAGGGAGAAAGGGGGAGAAACAGCCAUGGCAGUGCAGCAGCAGAUAACGACUGUCACCACGACAAACAGCUCCGCGGCCUGGACCACAGGGCUGUGCGACUGCUGCUCGGACAUGGGCACCUGUUGCUGCGGUUUCUGGUGCUUCCCUUGCCUGCAGUGCCAGACAGCCUCUCAGUAUGGAUGGUGCUGCUGCAUGCCCCUGCUGGACCCCUUCUGUAUGGUGGUCUCCUGCUGUCUCCGAAAAUCCAUGAGGGAGCGCUAUGGCAUCAAUGGGGGUUUCUGUGGUGACUGCUGCGUCCUCUGUUUCUGCUACCCCUGCGCCUGGUGCCAGAUGUCCAGGGAAGUGAAGAAUCGCGCCCAGGGCACCACAGUCAUCACCCAGCAGAUCAUCACCGCAUAGUGGCAGGGAGCGACAGACACACUCUGGGAACUAGAGGCUGUCCCCUCUAGCGCUUGUGCAUGUGUGCACACACACACUCACACACACAGCAGCAGUGCACACUCUGGCAACACGCAAACGUAUGUGCUAGCAUUGCAUUCACAAGUUCAAGGCAGCACUUUGUUCUGAUACUGCUUUUAACUCUGUUGCAUUUCAAGAUCAAGUUUUCAUAUCCGUGUUUGGCUUUUUUCAUAAAUAAAUAAACCAUUUGGAAGU